AUGUCUACAUGUCAUGACCUCGUUGAUCAACAACUACCUCCAACAACAACAACAACUGCUUCUUCUAACUUUAAUUCAACAAUAACCGAUUUUUAUUCCACAACAAGAAUGCCAUCCAUACAACAACAGCAACAUAAUCACAUGUAUAAUAAUAAUAAUUAUCAACAACAACAACAACAAUAUAUUACAAAAUCAGGAGGAGGAGGAUCUAAUUGUAAUAAUACAAAUUCAACUGUUAAUUGUACAACAUCAACAAUAACGUCAUUUCCAUCAUCACAAAUGUAUUAUAAUAAUCAAUUGUCAUCAACAAGUACAAUGAUUAAUAAUCAUUACAAUAAUAAUUACACUUCCAAUAAUAAUAAUAAUACAACUACUAAUACUACUACUACUACUACAAUUACUAACUUAUCUACUACCAAUCAUCUUCAAUCUAACUCUCAAUCAUGUAUCAAUAAUAACAUUAAUCAAUCACAAUUAUUUAAUUGUAAUAAUCAAAUCAAUAACAAUAAUAUCAUUAACAAUAAUAAUAAUUGUAAUAACAAUGCUAAUAUCAAUGCUAAUAAUAAUAAUAAUAAUACUAUUCAACAACAACAACAAGUAGAAGAAGAAUCCAAAAGUAAUUACAAUAACAAUAACAAGAACAAUAACAACAAACAAACAGUUCAAAAUCAUAGUUUUGAUACACCCAUUGAUAAAUAUAAAGUAACAGAAAUAAUUGGUAGUGGAACGUAUGGCGUUGUUGCUAUUUGUAAAGAAUUACAAACUGAUCAACAAUUUGCCUUGAAAAAGAAUAUUAGAGUAUUUCCAGAUGAAAAUGAUUUAAAUCAAUCAACAAAUUCCACCACAAAUAAUGGUAAAUAUGUAGCAUUUAAUAAUAGUGGUAAAUUACAUCAAUUGAGAAUGUUAAGAGAAUUGAAAAUGUUACAUCAUUUUAGAAAUUGUCCAUAUAUAGUUAAUUUAAAAGAUGUUUAUGUUCCAAAUCAAUUAAAUCAAUUAAGAGAUAUUGAAAUGAUAACAAGUUUAAUGGAAGCUGAUUUACGUGAUAUAUUUGAUAGUGGUCAAUCACUCUCUCCUAAACAUGUUAAAUGGUUCAUGUAUCAAAUAUGUCUCUCUGUUUAUUAUAUGCAAAAAGCAAAGAUUUUACAUAGAGAUUUAAAACCUGAAAAUAUACUAGUGAAUAGUCAGUGUGAUGUUGCUAUUUGUGAUUUUGGUUUAGCAAGAGGUUAUUACAAUUCUCUUCAGAAUAAGAAACAAUUAUCAUCAUCUUCACCUCAAUCUCAUAUCAUUGAUAUUAACAAUAUUACUAAUAAUAAUCCACUUGGUACAAUGAUGAUGAAUCAUUCUAAUCAUUCUAAUCAAAAUAAUGGUAUUAAUAAUAUUAAUAAUAAUAAUGGUAAUGAAGAAGAUGAUUUGAGUGAAAAUCAAACUAAACUCUCAAGUAAUUAUGUUGUUUCGAGAUGGUAUAGACCACCUGAAUUAUUAACAAAUGCAACACAAGUGUAUAACAAGACACUUGAUAUGUGGUCAGUUGGAUGUAUCAUGUAUGAAUUAUUAUCAGGUAAAGGUGAAGUUUUAUUUAAAGGAAGUGGUUCAAUUGACCAAAUUCAAAGAAUUAUAAAACAAUUAGGUACACCUGCCAUUGAUGAUUUUAAUGGAUCAGAAGCAGCACGUGAUUAUAUUUAUAACAAAUUUCCAAUUUGUAAAAGAAGAUCAUUUACAAAAAGAUUACCACCAAACACUUGUCCAAUGGCAAUUGAUUUAAUGAAGAGAAUGUUAACUUUUAACAUGUACAAACGUAUUAAUCCAUUAGAUGCUCUAUUACAUCCUUAUUUUAGAGAAUUUUAUGAUCAAUCUGAUUUGAAUAUUCCACUUUCACCAUUCGAUACUGCAUGGGAAGAAAAUAUGCUCUCAUCAAAUGAUUUAAAAUUAGAAGCUUUUAAUACUUUAAAAUCAAUUAAGAAGGAUCAUUUAAUUGAAUUACAACAAUUACAACAACAACAACUGUUAGAACAACAGCAACAACAAUUAGAUGAUUACAAUCAAAAUGAUGAUUAUCAAGAUAUUGAACUCAUUGAUGAUCAUGAUAUAAUAAUGAUGAAUCAUGGAAGAUCAUCAUCAGCAGAUCAAUUACAACAUCAUGAUUCAUUAGAAGAAGAAGAAGAAGAGAAUGCAAUGUUAUUGAGUCAGAGUGAAAAUACUCAUAGUAGUACCAAUAAUAAUGAAGAUUUUCUAAUGAUGGUUGUUGAUAAUUAUGGUAAAUUGAGUGUUGAUAAUCAUUGUCAACCAUUAUGUAAUACUAAUGCAAUGAUUCAACAACAACAACAACAACAACAGCAGCAGUAUUCCAGCAAGAAAGUGAUGGAUCACAACUUUUCACCUUCAAAAGUAGUUAUUUCAUACGUGUCAUCCAAUGUGUAUGAUUCUGGCUUUUAA